AAACAAAUUCCGGACUUUGUAUGGAGACGCAAAAUUCAAGUAUUUAAACACAUAUUUAACGUUGAUUUAUUUAUAAAAUAAGUGGUAAAUGGAAGAAAAUAAAGGGAUUUUAUCAUUUAUUGAUGGUUACAACAAAACAACCUGAAUAUUCUCUUUCAAUUAAUAAAAUGAAAUCAUUUGUUAUGUGAGCUUGUUGGAACCUAAUAAAACUUUCAUUCUUAUUGUAAAGAGUCGAUUACGUUUGCAACAAAGGACUAUUUUGAAAUCCAUCGAAGAUAGAUAUUUUUAAUUAGAUAUAUGUCUAGAUGACAAUAGAUGCGUUCUUUAUUUAAGGGAUUUCCACGUGUGUAAAAUGAAGAAAUUAUGGGAAAGUCCCUUUACAGGGAAAUAAUAAGAACAAUCAAUAUUAAUUUAUGAGUCACUACUCACUUGCAAAUAAUUAUUGUCAGAAAGAAAGAAAUUUCUUAACAGACUUUCAACAACAUAAUGAAAUGUUGAAGUGAUAUUUCAAGAAUUGAUUUGUGUAAUAGUGACACUUGCAGUGACUAAUUAUGGCUCAAGCAGUGGUUGCCCUGGAUCAGUUUGAGUUCAUUCGAAGUAUCGGCAAAGGAAGUUAUGGGGAAGUGACUUUAGCAAGGCAUAAGAAGGACAGAAAACAGUAUGUGUUAAAGAAAAUCAAUUUAAAGAAGGCCUCAGCACGGGAGCGUAGAUCAGCUGAGCAGGAGGCCAAGUUAUUGUCCAAACUGAAGCAUCCAAACAUCGUGUCUUACAAGGACUCGUUUGAGAAGGAAGGCUUUCUGUACAUUGCCAUGCAGUAUUGUGAGGGUGGAGACCUCUACAACAAACUCAAGGAGCAGCGCGGCACUCUGCUGGACGAGAGGCAGCUAGUGGAGUGGUUCGUGCAGAUUGCAAUGGCAUUGCAGUACAUGCAUGAGAGGAACAUUCUACACAGAGAUUUAAAGACGCAGAACAUUUUCCUCACAAAGAGCAAAAUCAUCAAAGUUGGAGACCUUGGUAUUGCAAGGGUCCUGGACAGCUCCACAGACAUGGCGACCACUCUCAUUGGCACCCCAUACUACAUGAGUCCAGAGCUCUUCUCCAACAAGCCGUACAAUCAUAAAUCAGAUGUGUGGGCGUUAGGCUGCUGUGUAUAUGAGAUGAUGACUUUGAAACAUGCCUUCAAUGCCAAGGACAUGAACUCUCUAGUCUAUAAAAUACUGAAGGGAAAGAUGCCCCCGAUGCCCCGUCAGUACAGCCGGGAGCUGGUGGACCUCAUCCGCUCCAUGCUUCACCAGGACCCUGGCAAGAGACCAACUGUAAACCGCAUACUGAGAGACCCAUACAUCAAGAAAAACAUUGCAAUCUUCCUGGAGGAAACCAAGCAAAGUCGCAGGCCAGCAAGUGGGGUGUCAUCCCGACAGUCAAGCCGUCCUUCAUCUGCCCGAUCGAUAGCCUCACAGUCUGACCCAGACACUGCCCGGUCAAGGGUCUCUGUCGUAUCCAAUGAUUCAGAAAGCUCUGCCUCGUACGACACACCGGACAGCGUGAGGUCAGCAACAGACAGUGACCGGUCAGUGGCCAGUGUGUCCAAUGUGGAUGUACACGCAGGAGGGGAACCAGACAAACACUUCAAUGCUCAUAGACGGAACCGAUCAGAUCUGAAAACAAUAGAGGAAGUUCACACAGAGAAGAGCUCAAAGGAGGGUGAAGAAUCAGACCAGGACACUAUCAAGCCAAACACUAUAAAGGCCCAAAAGCAAAACAAUGAACAAAAAGAAACAAAUGAGCCACAAAAUGACCACAAAGAGGCUAAUGAACCAAAUCUGCAGAAAAGGCCUUCGGCUUCUUCUACAUCAUCAACAGCUAAUGCUGAAAAACAGCAGCCCAGUUUAUCCCUUUCACCUCCACGGGAACGACAUCGAAAAAAGAAAAACAACUUAUUAAAAAAACCCAAGCCAGUAGACAACCCACGACCUCUACCCCUGCCGCCCAAGGUGGACAGUGAUGGACUGCCUCAGCGGGGCAACAUGUACACGGAGGAGAAAGGGGAGUCCAAGUCUUCAUCAUCAUCUGGCUCCAAGGAGGACGCCUUGCUAGGCGAUGAAACACCCAGGAGUUUACCCAAUAUGUCUGCAAGACAGAAAAGAAGACAGAAAGAUACUGCUCAAUCCUAUGACCGCCCCCAGUCAGCAAGGAUCGUGCUUGUACCCCCUGCCAGUUCAAAGUCUACAGUGCUUACAGAUAGAGACAGGAAACAGUAUGAGCGUGGGUCCGCCCCUGUGCGACAUCGCCAGCCUUCCCUCACCACCAACAGCAGUUCCUCGGAGGAAGACACCAUCAAAGACUCCGACGCUCAAAGACAACGAAACAAAAUUCAGGAAAGAGAGAACCGUGACAUGGACCAGUUCAUCUCUGUGCUUGACAACACCCUGCAGUUGAAUAACCAGGACGACGAGGAGCCAGAGGAACUGACCGAGGUCAAACUAGCCACGGACGAGACACCCAGGAUACCCAAGAGCUCCUCAAUGCCUAGUGUGGAGACGCUGUGUAACUCUGACAGACUCAUGGCCCGCAUACAGAUCCUGCAUCAGGACUGUAUCAAGGGAGUGGGGUGGCCCAUACUGAAAAACGCCUAUGACAUCCUGGGCAGGAUUGAGGAAGACGAGGUGGAGCCCAAGCUGGUAUUGUUGAUGGGCAAAGAGAAGUUUGACCUCUAUGCAGGCAAGAUCUGGCAGCUCAAGUUCUGUGAGGACAUGGCCAGGAUUGGAAUCCCCUCCUAGCCAUCAGUGACGUUCUACUGACAGUGAAACUAACACCAAUCACCAUCUUCUACCCUAGAGAGGCCAUUAUAGCCACCCUGCCUCCCACUUUGGCAUCCCCUCCUAGCCAACAGUGAUGUUCCCUCCUAGCCAUCAGUGACGUUCUACUGACAGAUAGUCUAAAGACCACAGAGAUCUCUGAAACAGAGCCUGGCGACAUGCAGUCCAGUGGACCUCAGGUUGUCAAGUCACACCACUCAUACAUACCUCACAAGUGGUACUGGACACUUGUUGACUUCAUAACUUACUGAAAUCACAAUGAACAGGUCUUUAAAUGCUGGAGGUCCUGCCUUGCUGCCUUCGAAUUCUACUCUACCUUACCCAAGGCUUUGAUGACUAUUCUGGCUGUUUCACGUUACACAACUCAGCCAAUUCUGGUCAGCCAAUGUGUGUGCCAUGGGAUACAAGUAUUGUGUUCAUUUUCAGGAGUACAUGUCUAUCAAGUAACAUGUGACAACGGCAUUUAGUAGUUCUUAGUACCACAAGGGACACAGUUCUUAAGGACAUAAUGUUGAUGUGAAAUUCAAUAGUUAUUGAAUACCAAACGAGGAAAAUCUAGGGUAGGUUUUUUGUUUAUCACACACAUUUUGUAAAAUACAUAUUUCGAUGAGUGUAUAAUUUGAAAGGGGAAAAAAUCAUUGAAGAGUUUAAGGAUUCUUGAAGUCAAAACAAGGUAUAUAGGUUUCAAGGGGACUUCAUUCCUGUAUAUAUAAUAUAUAUAAGGGGCAUAACUCAUGGAUUUAUAAUUAUUUCAUCAUAGGGACCAAAUAGGGACCAUUGGACUUUAUGAAGAGAAAUAUUAUGGAAAAAAUGUAUCAAUCUGUUUUGUAUUUACAUGAACUUACUUAACUCUGAUGGAUGAUUGCAAAUAUUGAUGCUAAACAGGGCCGUAGUCUGUAUUAGAAUCUGAUCAAAACUGAUGAACAUUAUUCUGUUCACAGUUUGUUUCUGUGAUAAAACUUAAGAUGUAACAAAUUUGGGAUUCUAUUUUAGGCAUCUAGGGUUAAGGUCAAGGUCAUUGUUACUUAAACAAAUAAACAAUUAUUUUUAGCAUAACUUGAAAAUGGAUGGAGUUUCUUUGCAGGAAUUUUAGGAAAUGGUAACUUACAUGUAUACCUGGCUUGUGAAAACAUGUGUGACCAUUUGGGUGAAGAUUAGCAUUGAUGGUUAAUGAAUGCAUGAUAAGUUAACAGAGCCAAUGCCUUCAGGACAUAACAUGUAGACUGGUUUCACUGUGAAAGACCACCAUGUGGAGUACAUAACAUGUAGACUGGUUUCACUGUGAAAGACCACAAUGUGGAGUACAUAACAUGUAGACUGGUUUCACUGUGAAAGACCACCAUGUGGAGUAUAUAACAUGUAGACUUGUUUCACUGUGAAAGACCAUCAUGUGGAGUACAUAACAUGUAGACUGGUUUCACUGUGAAAGACCACCAUGUGGAGUAUAUAACAUGUAGACUGGUUUCACUGUGAAAGACCACCAUGUGGAGUAUAUAACAUGUAGACUGGUUUCACUGUGAAAGACCACCAUGUGGAGUAUAUAACAUGUAGACUGGUUUCACUGUGAAAGACCACCAUGUGGAGUAUAUAACAUGUAGACUGGUUUCACUGUGAAAGACCUCCAUGUGGAGUACAUAACAUGUAGACUGGUUUCACUGUGAAAGACCACCAUGUGGAGUAAAAUAGGAAAACCUAGUUGAGAACAUGCUGUGGAGUUUCAUUGUUAGUAAAACCUGGACUUGUUCUGUAUGUGAUCCUUUCAUAUAGUGGCAUCUAAGGACAAUCCACAAAUAGUGGAAGAUUCAUCACUCCAUGUUUAAUGUGGUUAGAAUUUUAACUUGAAUGAAAUUCAUCAUUGUUUUGUUUUUUAUUUGAAAUGCUUUGUCAUUUGAAUAGGGAAACUGUGUUAAACUUGUUAAGGCAUUGCAUUUACAUUUGUAUUUAUCUUUAAUAUCAUGAUGUAUAAGCAUAAAAAAUGCAUUGUGUUCUAAAAAUGUUUGCAUGCUUUCAAUAGUUUUUAUGCUCACCCAAAAUUUAUUUUGGGGGGAGCAUAUAGUCGCCGCUUCGUCUGUCCAUGCGUGUGCAUCCGUCCGUGCACAAUUUUUGUCCAGGCUAUUACUCAGCAACUAAUGAUCGGAAUUCAAUUAAACUUUAUGGGAACCUUCACUACCAAGAGGAGAUGUGCAUAUUAUCAGCGGGUUCUGGUCAGAUGAUUUUUCACAGUUAUGGCCCUUUGAAAUUUUCUAUAAAAAAUAUUGUGCCCCCAACUACUGUGCCCUCAAGACGUUUCCUUUUAUCUGAAUAUAUAGUGCAAUAUUGUGACAAAAAAACGCUUUGGGGAGCAUCACCCGUCUCCGACGUUUCUUGUUCUAUUUAUCUUGAUGCAAUGCCAAAUGUUGAUGAUGAUAUUUUAGUUUGUUCUAAGGCAUUAUAUGAAGUUAACAUGUAUUAUUUGUACAGUCAGACACUAUCGGUAUCUGUUAUCAUGUAUUAUGUGCAUGGUCAGAUUCUGUGUGUUAUCAUGUGCUAUACUAGGUCAAUAUUUAGUUGUUUUGUCAUUUAUUUUUGCCUCAGAUUCAUAUAUCAGUGCUUCUGUGCAAAAAAUAAAAUUAGCAUUCUACAUUUUGUCAUUAAGUGUAAAGAUAAACAGAUUUGCCUUUAACCAAAUUAUGUGAUAAAAUGUUUAUUCCACAUAUAUAUAUGUAUAUUACUUCAUAAGUCACACUCCUAUAUGUAGCAUUGAAACAUAAUAUUUGUUUUAUUAUACAAAACAUGUUCACAUCAUGGCUGUUUACCUCAUUCUAAUGUGGGUGUUAUUCAAAGAAAUGUUUGAAAGGCGUAAAUGAUGCAGCAUUCAAAACUGGAACGGAUUGGUUAACUUUAUGACGACUUAAGUGAAGAUUGUCUUAACUGUGAUUCUGGCUGCAUUCUUAUAACAUAUGCACUCAUUAAUUUAGGCCCUUACUAUUUCCUACAACGAACUAAAUGCUCAUCCCACACAUAUAGCGGGGCUCAUCCCACACAUAUAGCGGGGCUCAUCCCACACAUAUAGCGCGUUUGCAAAACGUUUUACUGCAGCAACCAACUAACGCCAAGUGCAUUGUAAAUUGCUAAUGAAGUUGUGAAAAUCAUAUUCUAAAGGUUUUAAUCAAGAAAAUGUUUCUUUUGAAUCAUACCUUACAGGAAACUUGUUUAGAAAUUGCUGCUGGUAAUAAUAUCAUAUUUAUAUGUUUAAAAAAAUAAUUUUAUCCAUCAUCAAUAUAUGUUCAUACAUCAUUUUCCCUUCUGACAUUGUGUGAUUUAAACUGUGAUGUACAUAUAUCAUAUGAGUUGUGUUCUGAGAAAACUGGGCUUAAUGCAUGUGCGUAAAGUGUCAUCCCAGAUUAGCCUGUACAGUACAGUCCGCACAGGCUAAUCAGGGACGACACUUUCUGCUUAAAUGGUAUUUUUUGUUUAAAGGAACUCCCUUAGUACCGAAAAUCAAGUUUAGGCGGAAAGUGUCGUCCCUGAUUAGCCUGUGCAGACUGUACAUGCUAAUCUGGGACGACAAUUUCCGCACAUGUAUUAUGCCCAGUUUUCUCAGAACAAGGCUCAUAUAUGCAACUAAUAGUGAAGCUAACUGUUCAGCACACGAGUUCAAAUACACUUGGCUGUUGUGAUGUUGUGCAAUUAACUCUUUCAGUGCUGGAACCGAAUUUUGAAGGCCUUUGCAAAAAGUUUUGAUCCAGAUGAGACACCACAGAAUGUGGCGUCUCAUCAGGAUCCAAACUGUUUGCUAUGCUGAUAGUAUUCUUUGGAGAAAAAAAAUCGAAGAAAAUGCUUAUUUUAGAAAUUCAGCAGAUGACAUUUUAGCAGAUGACAAAUUUCCCUCCCAGCAUGCAAAGGGUUAACAGUUAACAUACAGAUAUAGUGAAGUUGUGAAAAUUAACAAUUAACAGACAGUUGUUAUAAAGUUGUGACAUUAACAGUUAUCAGACAGUUUAAAUUAUUUUACAUUGUUAUUGUGCCAAACGUGAAACAUGAUAUGUAGCCAGGGGUUGCAUUCAAGUAACAUCUUAUUUAAGUCACAACAUUUUUUUUUAGUGUUAACAAUUAAACGUUAUAAAUUUGAAAGUUGAACCAAAUCAAUUGUGGAUUCCUUUAUAUCAAAAUUAAUUAACGUUAAUUAAAGAAACUGAUAGUGAAGGUGCUAUGUACACAAAACAAACAGCUUAAAAAUUCUAAAUGCAUUUUUAAGGGUACAAUAUCACUUGAAAGGUUUAUGUAAUCCAUGUAUGGCCCAUAACUAUGUAGAUUUUACUGCCAGCAUCUUUUGUACAGACUUAACAUUGAGACAUCUUGUUGUCUGUUUCGCCAGUAGCUAUAAAAUAUCAAUAUGGUGGUUUGCUGGUUAAUGUCAAAAUAUUGUUUCUACAGAUAUAUUUGUUUCUUUUAAAAUUCACAUCAAAUUUAAUUUAUUUUCAUAUGUGUCAUUUCUCACGGUUAUAAGUUCAUGUUUCAUUUAUUUCACAAGAACAUUCAUUCUGAAAACAAGCUGUUAAUGGACUUUUCUGUUUAUGGCCCUUUCCGUCCAUGUGCUGUAUAUAUUGAUUCCAGAAUGCAUGCCUCAUUUGCAUAAAUUGCAUCAUACAUGUGUAUAUUAUUUCCCCUUUUGUACUGUCAAGUGUACUGCAUUUUGCUUACAAAUAUUUGCCAAAUAAUUUAGAGGCAUUGUCCAAAAAUAAGUGAUAAAUUGAUGAUAAUGUUCCUAGAAAUAAACUAUUUAUGAUUCAUAAUAUACCUUUGAACUGCACCGUCUCAAAAUAUACCUAAGUUCCAUCAGUUCUAAGGUGAGCACUGUAAGGUAAUUCAACAAAUAAUUUUAAGAAAAUAACAUGUUGAGGCACGAAAUGAUUUUGUGCUUACAUUUUGUAAGAACUUUUUUGAUUGUAAGAAAAUAAUUUGUAAUACACUGUGGAGGUGGUAAUAAGGAUUCUUUUUCACAAAAGUGACAUGGAAGUCUGUCAGCCUCAACUGACCUCAAAUCAUUGGUGUGUUUAUUAAUUUGCUUUACACAAAAUCUGUUGUGACAGAAAGAUUUUUUGGGUUUCAUAUUUUUAUGAAAUUUCACAAGUUGUUUUGUCAUUUUUCAUCUGCCAACUGUGUACAGAAUAAUCAUUUCUCAACAGACUCACAGCUUUUCUAUCAGUAGAUCUAGUUUUAUGUUUGAUGCUCAAAGUUUUGUUAGACUUAGAUGUUUGGAUUCUAAAUUAACUUGUAGGACAAUACAAAGAUUGUGAGCCUAUGCUAUAGAGAUUUGGUCAUAUUUUUGUAUUAGGAUGUGAAUCUUUAGGCACCCGUUCAUUUUUAGCUCACCUAAGCAUGCUCAUGGUGAGCUUUUGUAAUCGCCUUUAGUCCGUCGUCUUUCGUGCGUCAUCAAAAUUUUCCUUGUUAACUCUCUAGAAGUCACAUUUAUUGUUCUUUCUUAAUGAAACUUUGUCAGAACAUCUGUUCUAAUGAUAUUUUGGCUGAGUUUGAAAAUGAAUAUGGUUAAUUGAAACCUUAAAUAUCUAUAGUUAAACCUUGUUAACACUCUAGAAGUCACAUGUAUUGUCCAAUCUUCAUGAAACUUGGUCAGAACAGUUGUUCUAAUGAUAUCUUUGAUGUGUUUGAAGAUGGUUCCAGCCUGUUGAAAUACAUGGCCACCAGGGCAUUUUUCCUUAUAUGGCUUUAGUAAAACCUUGUUAACAUUCUAAAAGUCUUAUUUAUACAUGUAGCCCAAUCUUCAUCAAAUGUGGUCAGAACAUUUGUUCUUAUGAUAUCUUGGAUGAGUUUGAAAAUGGUUCGAGUCUGUUGAAAAACAUUGCAUGGCUGGGCAUUUUUCCUUAUAUAGCUAUAAUAAAACCUUGUUAAUCUCUAGAAGUGACAUUUAUGGUCCAAUCUUUAGAAAACUUGGUCAGAACAUUUUCAAAUGAUAGCUGGGCUGAGUGUAAAAUGGUUUUGGUUCUUUGAAAAAUAUGAAUGCCAAGGGGGCAGGGUAUUUUUUUUAUAGUAAAACCUUUUUCGCACUCUAGAAGUCACAUUUUAAGUCCAAAGUUCAUGAAACUUGGUUAGAACAUUUGUUCUUAUUAUAUCUGGGUUCAAAAAGUUCGAAAAUGGUUCCUGUCCAGUGGAAAACAUAGCCCCCAGGGGGCGAGGCAUUCCUGUCCAGUGGAAAACAUAGCCCCCAGGGAACGAGGCAUUCCUGUCCAGUUGAAAACAAAACCCCCUAGGGGGCCAGGCAUUUCCGUAUGGCUCAUACUUCAUGUUUUGUUCAAACCCUUCUUUUAAGUCUCCAUUGUUUACAAGGUCUGCUUCAGGUGAGCUGUCAGGCAUCAUAUGACAUAUCCCACUCUCUUGUGUUCCAGUUUUGUUCUUGAAACUAUGACAAAAUAGUGUUGUGUAUAAGCCAUGUUUAUACUGCUUUAAACAUCUAUAUUGGUUAUUAGUUAAAUGUGAUAUUUGUAUCAUUUAAUGUAGUUGGAACGUAUGUUUUAUAUUUGAAAGUCUUUAUACUUUAACUCAUGAGACUCAUUAGAACAUUUCUUAUAGAGCAACCGAUGCACUGACUGCUAAGCCAUUCUAGAGAUUAUUAUCCAAAUACAUGUAAAAACUAUCAUUACUUGAUUACCAUUUUUCUGUCUGAGCAGACAAAUAUUUUGUAUGAAAUGCUUUCGAAUCAUUGAAAUGUUAUGGUACAUUUGUGAGUUGUUUACUUGUUGAGUAAAAAUUGAUACAUAAUUUUGCCCAUAGGUAUGUAGUGCAAGGUAGUGAAGAAUAUUAGUAUAUGUUGUUACUUCUAAAAUAUUUAUCUAUUUGUUGACCAUAUUUGUGCAGAAGAUGGGCUAAAAAGCCUAUAUGUUUGUCAUUCCACUCUGUAUUAUACACUAUUGAUAUUUUAGCUAUUAGAAGAAAAGUCUGAAAUAAAGAAUUUCUAUUUA